AUGAUACCGCGGCACUUCAUACCUGGCAUCGCCUUCCUCGCUGCCGCCUUCGUGCUCAGUUUCCUGACGUCCAUCUCCCUCCCGUACCUCACUGCGCUGGACAUCACUAGGGUGCAUUUUGGGGAUGGAUUGAAGAUCCCGAACUCGCCUAUACCGCUGAUAAACCAGUUACGCUUUGGAAUAUGGGCGUUCUGUGAGUACGAUGCGAGCAACGGGAACCGUAAAUGCAGCCCGGAAGGUCAUGGGUACUCGGUCCCUUUCGGGGUCAUCGACGCUAAAGGGAACCUCAAUGAGAUCACCAUCGGGUCCUCCUGGACCCGUGGACUGGCUGUCCAUCCAGUCGCUACGGUCGUCACUUUCAUCGCGCUGGCCCUGUCGUUCUCCAGCCACGUCACUGCCACCCUCCUUGCAUCCAUCGUAUCUUUCUUUGCGGCACUUCUCACGCUCAUAGCAUUCGCGAUUGAUAUUGCGCUGUACGCGUAUGUUCACCACGAGCUGAGCAAAUUUAACGGGGUGAACGUCAACACCGGCCCUGGGUUCUGGCUCACGUUUGUGUCCCUCGUCCUUCUGCUCCUCGCGGGGUGCACUGUAUGUUUCGGGAGGCGUCGAGACUCUGAUAACUGGACCUACGGUGGGAACGAAUUUCCGCUCAAGCGGCUCUGGCCUUUCAACAAGAGUUAAGCGAGGUCCAAAAUGGAGACGCAAUGUCAGACGCUUAUACCCGCUGCCAAAUUCCGACGUCAGCAUGUCAAUAUCGAUAUUUCGACCGACUUGUCGGUAUCCAAGAAAUCAACGGUCCCUUCCCGUCCUCCCCUCUCCAUCCCGUCUCUUAUACUUGUCGCGGACUUUGAAGUGCGCUCCGUAUGUACCGUGUCCUGUCCAUUCCGCAUCGUACGCCUAAAGAUACACUGGCACUUUUGUUAUGACGCCACACCAUCUUAACGCCCCAGCAGCCAAUCGCAAUUUAGCUGGUAAAG